ACUCUCUCACUCACUUCUCCUCAGUAAAGUCUGCCGUGGAGCUUCCGCGCCCAGCUUGUGUCCUCUGUAUGGCUGCCGGUCAGUGAUGCGAGCACGUGUGUGGUGAACAGAUCCGUCUUCAUCCUCAUCUUCAUCCUCCAUCUGAAGUUUUCGGGAUACAUUAAGGAACUCCACACACUUGGCCAUGCUGCAGCAGAUCCUGAAGGACAUGUACAUCGACCCUGAUGUGCUGGAAGCUCUGAAUGACGAGCAGAAGAAGAUGCUCUUCCUGAAGAUGCGCGAGGAGCAGGUGCGCCGCUGGAAGGAGCGUGAGGAGAAGCUGGAGAGGGAACCGCUCAAACCCAAAGCAAAGACAGCUCAUAGUAAGAGUGUCAGUUGGCUGCUGGGACGAGAUGGAGACGUGCAGGUCAUUGUCAUUGGAGAGAUGGAUGAGUUUAAAUCUUCGAAGAUCAUCUAUUCAGGAUUUGGAGAGAGAAAAACAGCCAGCGUCCUCAACAAUUCAUACAAUCAGUCCAGCACUUUGAAGAGCAACCUGACAAACCGAUCAUCAGCAGAACCUGCACGAUCAGGGCGAGAAAACCUCCCUCCUAAAGCUCGCUCAGGAGUUCAGCUGAACUUUAAGGACAACACUGACAAAGAGUUAAGGACUCUGGUGCCUCCGCAGAUGCCAGUAAAUGAAGAAAAGACAUUAGCACCUUUGGAAUAUGAGUGCAGAGAGGAGGCUGAUUCAGGACGCUCUCAGGAUAAUGACUCAGCACUGCUGUCCUCAAUCUGCUAUCAGGCCCAUUCGAGGUCCAGCCUCCAGACACCCGCGGCCCUCAGCACAGAGGACGAGACCAGACUGCAUCCCCAAGACACCCCUAAAACACACUCUAGCAGAGGUGAUAUCCGAGUGGUUGCCGCCUCUAAACGGGUGUUCUCAAUGGAUUUGGGGUCCGAGGUUGUUGAAGAGAGCUGUUUGGGACGAGGAAGGGUUGCUCAGCUCAUGAAAACCUUCAGCGUGUGCGGCGAGUCUCCACCCUGUCAGUCUCCGCCCCGUGCCAAUAAACCUCCAAUCCCGGAAAAACCGAACCACUUGAGGCUCCGCCCCUCACCCUCUCUCAGGUAAUCCACAUGGGACAAACCCCUGAGCAACAAUCAAGACAACUAAAACAGGGGUCUUUAUCAGCGGCUACAAUGAAGGGUGUGGGUGCUCGGCCUUUCUCAGGAACUUGAAUAUUUAGUUGCCAAAGUUAUGCUUUUUAUUUUUGCAAUAUUGAUGUUUUUCUUCAUUAUUUGUAUUUUUAUAUGGUAUGAGAGGUUUGCAAAACUUUUCAGCAGGAAUGACACACUCGAUAUUUUGUUACAUCGCUCCAAUUGUUGACCUGUCUAGCUCAUAAUGCACUCAGACUCAUACUUACAAGUGUGUUUCUGUUUUAAAGGGUCACAUGAUAUCUUACUCAGAUUGAGAACUCGUAAUGAGACCAAAUCAUGAUCGUAAUCCAAAGUUAAUCAUCCCAUUGGUUUGUUAUGUAUUAAAUAUGUUGCUUCCUUGAAGUAUUGAAGGCUGGAGUAUGCAUGAAGGCUGUCUUGAUUUUGCGGAAGUGGUCGUACAAUGUCUUUGAUAUCAGUAGAUGUCCAAUAUAAUGGCUGUAUGUACUGUAAAUUUCAAUUUCAGCAAUUAAGAUGUUUACAUCGCUAAAUUGAAACGAAUGCAUGCUUUACACAGUGUUUUCUAAGUUCACUUAAAAUAUUAUAAAGAUCACCGACAAAGCUUUGUUGGACUGACCAACUGUGCCAAAUAAUCGGAUAAUAUCUGAUGCAUUGGUCUGUCAGUAUUCAUAUGUUGCUGUUUUCUUUAUUAUUUCUUUACAUGGAGGUAGCUGAUCAUAUUGCAUUCAAACGUUCCUUCAUCGGUAACUAGGUCAGUAGGGCAGGAAUCACCUUCAUGUAAAUAGUUUUCUCACAGACACAUUUGCUGGCACUUAAUUCUGGGGUUUUUACAUGUGAUCUGGAACAGUUUAUAAAAUUGCUCUGUGUAAAGCUUGAAUGUCCUGUCCACACACACACACACAGGAUAAGUGUGGGAUAUUGCCUCUGUAAUAAAAUGAUCAAACCCC